CUCAAAAGUCCGCAAAUGGCCUGUACAAAACAGCGACUGUUCAAUACUUGAAGCUCUAACGACAUCGCCAUCAAUCAGUAUCAUCUUAAACCAUCUCAACACUCUUCGCAGAACACUCAUCAAACCUCCACUUACAAUGGCACCCCACGCCGAAGACGCCGUCCUCUCCCCAACCACUUCUCUCCCCGUAAAAGACACCUACCGCGGCCCGCGCCACGGCCUCGAGUACCACCGUCUCCGCACACAGCACGACCUAGUCCUCCACCAAGAAAACGGGAAGCUGAUCCAAUCGCCCCUGGACCUGUCCCGCACCAACCCCCCCCUCCGCAUCCUCGACUCCGCCACCGGCGACGGCCAAUGGAUCGUCGAAGUCGCCGCGACGGUCUCCGCAACCGCCGAGCUCGUCGGCGCCGACAUCGCGCCGCAGCACUUCCUCCCCGCCGCCAGCCUACCCAAAAACCUCAGCCUAAUCACCCAGAGCAUCUUCAACCCGUGGCCGGCCGAGUUCAAGGAGCGCUUCGAUCUGAGCCACCAGCGCUUCGUGCUGGCCGUGGCGUCGGACGUGACCGCGCAGGAGGCGGUGGGGCAUCUGUUCGCGACGGUGAAGCCGGGUGGGUGGAUCGAGCUGCACGAGGGCGACAUGGAGACGAUCCUCGAGGGGCCGGAGCACCCAGCCAUGAUGAAGUUCCGCGACGUGAUGGUCAGGGCGUGGAGGGGGCUGGGGCAUCAGCCGUCGCCGGGGCCGACGCUGGAGGCGAAGCUGGAGGCGGUGGGCGCGGUGGAGAUCGCGUUGAAAGUGCAGAAUCUCAGGGCCGGGCCGAUGGCGGAGGAUAGAGUCCAGGGCGAGCGGGCGGUGUUGACGUUGCUGGGAUUGUUGGAUAGUAUUCGUUUGUUUGUGGGGAGUAAGCCUGGGUUUUGGUUUUCGGCGGCUCAGUUCGAUGAGUUGAGGGCAGAUUUGGAGGCUGAGUUAAGGACGGUGGGGAAUUCGUGGAAUUUUCAUAUUGCGUGGGGGAGGAAGGCGGAGUAGAGACGGUGUCGAAUCCUGCCCUUUGGCUUUGGGGUGGUUUCGCUGGGCAUUGUUGUAUUUUACGGCGUAUGGAGUGCAAGUUUGAAUACUUUGAACCGUUAUAAGACCUAUGUACGAACCUUCUGCAUAGAUGCACGAUUCGGAUUGUCAACCGGGUUU